GUGACUUGCAGCACCAUGACGUCCAGGAGAAAAAACAAGAAAAACUCGAAUGAAGCUGCAGAAGUCAAAGACACAAAGAAGCGUGGUGGAGGCGAGGAAGCUGAUGGCGUGGUUGCCCUGGAGACUGGCCGUGGCAGCAGGAGGCGAGGCCGAACAGCCACUCCACCCUCUCCCUCAAAAACACCAGAUUCCCCACCCAGAAAGACACGUCGUGGAGUGUCAUCUCCUAGCACCCCAAAGAGAGCCAGUCCAAGGGGGCGCGGUGUUGGCAGAGGCUCACCAGCAACCAAAGAAUCUCCUGUAAAAGCUUCACCGCGUGGUCGGGGACAAAGGAUACGCAGAGGGAGUACAGACUCUAGUGCCAGCAGUGUGGGAGCUGCAAGUAUUGCAUCCUCUUCCACUCCCACUCGCAGACGAGGAAGGCGAGGCAGCAAUAGUUCAGAGGCCAGUGGUGCUUCCGAAACUCCACAGAAGACUCCAAAUUCACCACCAAACCGCCGCAGAAAGAGAGGCAAAUCAGAUAGUCCUCCAGCAGUACUUGCCAAAAAGACUAAUGGGGCAUCUCCUCAGGCAUCACCGAAAAGGUCAAGCAAGAGAAAACGGGGCACACAGGAGUCAGAUGCCUCACCUUCAGCAAAUGGUCAGGGUAGUCACAGAACACGCAGAGGAGGCACAUCAGAGGACCAGGAUGGGGGCACAGAGGACCCUGAAGAGCACUUGCUGAGCAGCAUGGGAAACGGCUCACCUGCAAGCACCAAUGACUUGUGUGAGGAGGUGAAGGACAGUAAUACACCUUCCAUUGUAAGUGAGGAAGCAGGAGAGGAUAGAACGCAAAGCCCAGUAGAGAAUAAUUCCAGUGAAGAUAGAGAGGCAUUAAAUGAGCAUAUAGAGGAAGAGCAUUCAAACCAAAGCAAUGAGCUUCCAACCCAAAAAGAUAAUGACCUGACCAGCACAGAUCAGGGUCAUGAGAAUGCAGUCAACAGCAUGUCAGCAGUAGAAUCUGAAGAAAAACCAGAUUCCAAACAGAAUCAAGCAAAGAUAUCUGACACCAGCAAAGAUGUAGAGUCAAAGCUGUCUCAGAAUGGCAAAGAAGAAAAGGCAGAGCUUGAAAAGAGUGAAGAUACUUGUGACAGUUCAGAGGUGUUGCAAAGUAAUAAUGAUGCUAAAUCUGAUAUCCACCAAAGUCUUAACAAAGGCAAGAGUGAGUUACUGGAAAAUAAUGAAGAUGAUGUCAAAUUACAGCCUGUUGAUAAGAGCAAUAAAGAAGAAACAAGUUGCUCUGACUGUACAAGCAGUAGUAGCAGUGUCUCAAGAGUGAAGAGAAAAAUGAGUGAUGAAGAAGGGGAUGCUCCCUGCUCAGGAAGCCCUGAGACAUUACCUACCUCCCACAAGAAACACAAAGUAGAAUCAGUUACUCCUAGUGUUACCAAGUUCCCCCAAACUGCACACUCACCAGAAAGUGGGAGUACUGAAGUUCCUAGUGUUACCACACACUCAAAGGAGACUGAGGUAACAAAGCAGCCGGAGGGUGCAAACAAGCAAGACUCCAGUGCUACAGAGAAUCCCAAAUCAGUUUGUACACAAGGCAGAUGUUCAGGUGAUAAAUCUCAGGAAGAUAGAUUAAAAUCCAGCCCAGAAGAUUCCUCCAGAGAAGUAGAGGAAGUGGUCAUGGAUACCCUCACUGUUGCCGACACUUUCCUGGAAGGCCUCAACCUCACUAAUGACCAGCAGAAGGAAAUUCUUUCCUUCAUUGCGCAGGAUAUUAAAGACUCAAGUGUGGUGCAAGUGAUUGAGACGUUGGUGGAGCAGCUGGUGGGAGGCGCCUGCACAGUCGCCACAAUGAACGCACCUCGCUUCAAUAAGUUUUUACAACAGCUCCUUGCACAUUACUGCAGUUUGCCUUGUAAUGUAGAUCGUAAACAUGCCUUAUGUGAGCAAGCUGUGCAGUGGGCACGGGACAGGAAGAGUGUUCACUUAAGACAUGAGUUAGAACUGACUCUCAUGACUUUGUAUUAUUCAACCAAGCAAUAUAAGAAGGCUGAGGCCAUUGCCAAUGCACUUUAUAGUGAAACCAAAAAGUUACAAGACAAAGAUAAGACUGUAAAGGCAUGUCUCUGCCUGAGUCAAGUCUACCAUGCAAUGGGUAACAUCUCCAAGGCCAGAGCCAAUAUCACUACAGCCAAGACGGAAGCCCUCAAGAUAUACACGCCACCAGACAUGCAGGGAGAGCUUGAUCUUCAGUCAGGCAUUAUGCAAGUGGCAGAAGGUAAGGACAUGGAAACAGCAUAUUCAUACUUCAAAGAAGCAGCCACAGGCUUCACGUCUCGUAAGCAGCGGGCGCGUGCUUUGAAGUACAUGUUGCUCUCCAAAGUAAUGGUCAACAGGUCAGAGGAAGGGGAAAAAGCAGUACGAGGACAGAGUCAUAUCCAGGACAUUGAUGAAGGUGUAGAAGCCAUGCUGGCAAUCACUGCUGCUGCCAACAGGUCUUCCUUGGCUGACUUCAAAAAGACAAGAGAGCAGUAUGGAGAGCACCUGGAAGGGGACAUGGUGGUGGCUAGUGUCUUAGAUGACCUCUACACCAAAAUGAUGGAGAAAAACUUAUUAAAUAUUGUUCUGCCAUAUGAACGCCUCCAGAUUGUCCACAUAGCCCAGAAAAUAGGUCUUCCACGAGAAGAUGUUGAAAAACGUCUUUCUCAAAUGAUUCUAGACAAACGCAUCAAUGCCCAGCUAGACCAUCGUGACGACUGCCUCUAUGUUUAUGGUGCUGAGGAGAAAGAUGAUGUGUAUCAGACUGCAAUUGAUACUUUAUGUCAACUUGACAAAACUGUUUCACACCUCAAUAGUAAAGUGAAGAAACUAUUGUAAUGAAAGUUUUAUCUAGGCUGGAAUGUCUUAUGAAGGAAGUAAAAGUGUAUCAUAUAAGUACAUCUGGUGAAGAGCAAGUGUCUAGGAGCACUGUAGUACAUUCUAGAUGUCUAGUGUGAGAGAGCAGACAAAAAGUUAAGUUUCUUUAAGGAUAAGAUUUAGUUAUAUUUAUAAAUGAGAAUAUUGGACUUUUUUUUUCCUUUUAAUAAAUAAUGAAGUUCAUUACUGUAUCUUUUCUUUCUACUAGUAAUAUUUAAGGAGAAUGAAACUGGGUAUUUCUUUUUCCUUGUACAGAAAAAUGUGAUAAGUAUGCAUCUGUGGCUAGAGUUUAGACGGUCUAGACUGUGACUGGUCGAUUAAGGACUGGACAGAGACCAUGCACAAGUGGAGUGACUGUGAUGGUUUGCAAAGCAAGUGUAUGCUGUAUUUUUGGGCGACUACUCUUAUAUGAGACUUUUUCCAUAUGCGACACUUGUUGAUAAUGUGUAUAUUAGUGAGUCAUUGCUCAUGGAUGAAUGUUGUUUGAUAAAAAGGCUGAAGGAUAUUGCUAACAUAUGCCAAAUUUUAUAACAUAGCAAUGUUAGAUUUACCAAGUAUUUACAGUUACAGAACACAAAUGUUAACAUUGAGUUUAGUUUGGAGAAACUAUGGGAGUAACCUCGGUGAUGGUUUAUUUUUUGCUCAGGUACAAAGCGAAUAGUGAGGGUAUGUUACUACUGAUACUUUGAUGCAAGUUGGUGAUCAAGUGCAUUGUUGUUCUAUAUACCCUGAGGGGCAAAGAAGCAAGUAGUCAGAAUAUAGGUAGUAAGUAAUAUCAUACAUGAAAAUGGACCAAUUUAUUGGCUUAGUGAUAGUAAAAAUGUAUAUAAUAGGAUUUAUUCUUCAGUAAUAUAGGAAAUAACAGCUAACCAAGAGGAAACAGUGUUGUUAACUGUUUUUCAUAAACAAGUUCAUAUUGCAUAUGUUGAAAGUCAGAUGGCUGUUAUCUUUCUUUUCUCAUUGCAAUUCUUGUUAAUUAUUAUUCAGUCUCAUUCCCUUUAUAGUUUACUUUUUUGUUGCAUGGCCCUUAAGAGGGUUUUCUCGAAGUGAAGUGGUCUCCUGUUCUGAACCAUCAGUACAUUCAAUUAACACAGAACAUAUUUAAGAGGUUGUGUCAGUUUAAAUGAGCUGAUGUUUAUUACUGCAUGUCAGUUUGUACCAAAAAUGUGUACAUUAUUUCUCUCUGGAUAUGAACAAAUGCCUGUUUAUCAUUUCUUUAUACUUAGCUUCUUCUUGUUCAUAGCUUGUGAUUCUGUAAAAGGACUUCAUUCUUUAUACUGACUUUAAAGAUGAAAUGUCUAUUUAUGACUUCUCACUUGAAAUGGAAAACUACAGUGCAUGCAUUUUGUUAUCACAAAAUCACACAUGUUACAGAUAAUGAUCAUCCAGAGGAAGACACUUUAAACAUGAGAAUGGGAUGGGUUAUUUUGUAUUUUUCAAAAAUCAUCAGGAAUCAUCUUUUAUAUUUGUGCAUUCUUUAAAGCACAACCAACCAUCAUCUAUUUGCAGUUUAUUAUUGACUCAUGCAUUAGAUUUCCUCAAGUAUGAAGAGUUUAGUUAAAACAUUCAGUGCAUUUGGUAACUGUGUAUAAAUGCACUGGUAUCCACAAAUUGGGUUAAGUCAGAUUUGAAAAAUAAAAUGAUUUCAUUAUGCA